AAAUAAUACCGUUAAUUUAUAAUGUAUUUAUUAAAGAUAGCGCCACUGUAAAACAAGUAUAAAAAUUGGUUGUUGGUAUCGCCGUUGUUCCCGCUUAUGUCGCUUGGUUAUUUUCCCCACUGACACUGCUACUCAGCACGCCAGUUUGCCACUGACAGUUCAAGACGUCAGUUGGAAAAUAUAUACACACAACACUUUAUUUAUAAAUAUACAUAUAUAAUAUAAAAAAAAAAAAACCUUACAACAACGCCCACUGAAUAACAAACGCCGCGUGGCCGGCCCUGUCAAAACUACUCCAAUUGAAAAAAAUUAAUUUCAUUAUUAAAAAACAAUAAAAUUAAUUUAAUUUUUUACAUUUUAACACUAGUGUUUUUGUGCUUUAUCGAUUUGACAUUAUGUUUAUAUAAUUUUUUUUUUCGUACCUCCCCAUCAACCCCAACAAAACUCAACGCAGUGAAUCGUCUAUUUUUUUUUUUUUUUUAUUUCUAAUUAUUAUUAUUUUGUCAGUUAUAUAAGUGUUAAAAAAAUAUUUUUAUUAUUUCUUAUAUAAAGUGUUUGAUUAAAAAAAAAUAAUGAAAAAUGAAUUUAUUAUUAAUAAAUCAGCUGUUAGUCAAUUUAACCAGAAGAUAAUUUUUAUUUUGAAAUAAAUUUGCCUCUAUUGAAUCUCAUUAUUCGUUAAAUUAAAUUAUUUUUUUAAAAUAUUGUUUAAUCUGUUGUUUAUAAUAAAAAAAAAAAAUAUGUCGGAAACAAGUGAAGAUAAUUUUUCAACGUCAAAUUAUAAUAUGGAAAGUGUUAUUUAUGAUAAAUUAAAUAUUAAAAAACAAUCAAAUAAUUUAGAUAUACUUAUUGGGUUAGGUAAAUGUGGUGGACGUGUUGGUGAUUCAAUUGAUGUAUAUUCACGUUGUGUAAAUGAUACAUCAUUGAUACCAGAACGUUUAAAAUAUCUUGUGACAGCAUUACUUGAUGAUUUAUCAAGUUUAACAAUAAAUAAACGUAAUUAUGAUGUUAAAUUUUCAUGUCCAUCAUGUGAAGGUACACUUUAUCAGCCAAUAACAAUAUCAUGUGGUCAUACAUACUGUAAAAAUUGUUUAGAUAUGUGUAAAUUUUGUUGUUUAUGUGGUAUUAAAAUAUGUAAUAUUGGUGAAAUAAAUGUAUUGAUAAAACGACUUGUUGAAAAGUGGUGGCCAAAAGAAGCUGAAGCUAGUAAAGCCAGACAUGAAGGUGAUGAUUUAUUAAAAAAUGGACAUUUUUUACAAGCACUUGAACAUUAUAAUAUUGCUGUUAAAUUUGCACCAAAUAGUCCACUUCAUCUUAGCAAUCGUUCACACGCACUACUUUUGCUCAACCGAACACAAGCAUCAUUGAAUGACGCCGAUCAUGCUGUCAGACUUAGGCCUGAUUGGGGAAAGGGUCAUUAUAGACGAGGUGUUGCAUUGUCAGCAUUGGGAAGACAUGAGGAAGCAUUUUUUGCACUUUGUACAAGUGUUGCCAUUGAUAAAAAUCCACAAAAUAUAAGACAUGAAAUAACCAGGGUAUUACAUCGUGUAUUAUCACCGACAUAUCGGAGACAUGGAACAACAACAAAAAGUCCAUACAAUGUACUUGAGAGCAAUGCCCGAACGAGACGUAAUCGUCAUCAGCAUCAUCAUCAUCAUCAUAAUUAUGAACACAACAACAGGGACAACAACAAUAACAACAACAACAAUAUAUUUAGACCUUUAUCAAGUCUAAAUAAUCGUCAUCGUCGAAUGGUUCUUAAUUCAUCAGACUGUGAAGACAAUAGCAGUGGUGAAGAAGAAUUUACACAGGCAAUAUGUCGAAGGUUACUUACGAAUAAUAUGUCACAAACCAAUGUCAAAUUACAAACUACCUUCAAUAGAGUUUAUCAAGAAAUUGAUAAAUUAAAAAGAGUUGAUGGAUUACCAGCUGAAAUAUUAUUACCACCAUUAUCAAGUGAAGUAAAUCUCAAUGAAUUAGACUGUAUAUUGUGUUGUCGUUUACUAUGGAAACCAGUUACAACACCAUGUGGUCAUACUUACUGCUGGAUGUGUUUGGAUCGUUGUUUAGAUUAUUCAUCAGCUUGUCCAUUAUGUGUUACAUCACUUUCAAAUUAUUUAGCUAGUAAUCAAAAAACAGUUACUGAUUUUAUUGAUAAAGCAUUGAUGGCUAUUUCACCAACGGAGUAUACAUCAAGAGCAUCAACUUAUCGUCUUGAAAUAAUAAAAGAUCUUGGUAUAUUGGGUAAUCAACAUAUUGCUGUGUUUAUAUGUACAACAGCAUUUCCAUAUGUUGCUUGUCCAUUAUUUGUUUUUGAACCAAGAUACAGACUCAUGGUAAGACGAUGUCUUGAAAGUGGUCUUAGACGUUUUGGCAUUGCUGCUUGUGUCAAUAGAGAAGCUAAUAGUAAUAAAAGAUAUGCUGAAUAUGGUACUAUAUUGGAAAUAAAAGAUCGUGUUUUAAUGAAAGAUGGAUGUAGUAUUCUCAGUACAGUUGGUAUACGAAGAUUUAGAGUAAUUUCUGGUGAUGAAAGAGAUGGUUAUGACACUGCUGAAGUAGAACUUUUACGUGAUUCACCAAUACAACAUGAUAAUAUACAAAAUAUAUGCCAGUUACAUGACAAGGUAUGGUCAAAAGCACAAAAAUGGUGGACAACAGUAUCAAUUAAUCAACAAUUUGAAAUACAACGUGUGUUUGGUAAAAUGCCAAUACCAGAAGAUGAUUGGUAUAAUUUACCAGAUGGUCCAUCAUGGACAUGGUGGAUACUGGCAAUAUUACCAUUAGGACCACAAUUACAAAUUGGUAUAUUAGGAACCAAAAGUAUAGAAAAACGUUUAAGAGCUAUUGAAAAAACUCUUAAUCAUAUGGAAAAGAGACAAAUAACAAUUACAACACCACCAGCUGAAGAUGAUACUUCAACAUUAAGUAGUAUUUGUCAUGAUGGUAAUGACAUUACCAAUUCCACUGCUACAGUUGUACAACAUUCUUGAGUCUAAUAAUAUUAUAUAUAUUUUUUUAAAUUAUUUUCUAUACAACAACUACUACUAUUUUAUAUUUAUUAUAUUAUUAAUGAUUCAGUGAUUUUUUUUUUAUUUUUUUCAUUUCUAUUUUUUUUUUCGAUGUUGAUACCAUACAUUCGUCAAAUCUUUGUAUAUCAGAGUUAUCAGACUGAAAAAAAUAGUUAGCUCAAUGGUUUUUUAAUCAAUUCAUAACAAUUUAUUUAUGUAUUUACACUUUUUUUUUAACUACAUCUAAUUUUUAAUGACAUCUAGAAGUUUGUUUUGUCGAUAUUUAAAGAUUUUCUUUUAUUUUUUUUUAUCUAUCAUUAGCAUAUAAUCAGGAAAAUAAGUUGAGUUUUCCACUGUUUAUAUAAAUAAUAUAUAUUUAUUUUAGCUAAAUUAAUUAUCAAUCGAAACGUCUUUCUCUUUUUUAAUUAGAAUAGAAAUUAUGAAUGUUUUAAAAAUAAUAAAAAAAAGUCAAAUUUAUAAUUCAUUGAUGAUAAAGUGUAAAUAAUCAUAUAGUCACUGGAAUGGUACAAAUUUUUUUGAAACAUAUCUGUUUAUGAAUUUGAUUUUUCCUUUUUUUUUAAAUAUUUUUCAUAUCGUUUUUUUUCUACAUGAUUUUCGAUUUGACGUUUCGAAAUUAGUACUACUUUUUCUUGCUAAUCAAUUUACGCAAAUCUGUUCUUCCACAAUAACAUAUUUACGUCGUCAUUGAUAUAUUAAAUCUAUUUAUUAAUAUUUAUAUGUAUACACACAUGUCUAUGUAUACAAUUUUUAAAAAAAUUAAGCUUGAACAAUUAAUAAAUUAAUGGGCAAUGAUUGUUGUGAAAAAAAUAUAUUUAAUUUAAAGCUAGGAAAGAGAAAAAAAAAAAAACAAUGAAAGUUAAAUUAAAGAAAGAAAAAUUAUUUAAUACUAAAUUUUAAAAUUUCAUGUUAGAUUAUUAUUCAAUUUGAUAAAAAUACUUGAAUAUUUAAUUCUCAUCUAUCGUUGAAUUAAAAAAAGAAAAAUAAUUUGUAUAAAAUUUUUUAAUGGAUAGAUAGCUUUUUUGUCGUGAUAAAAAUAAACUUGCCAGACUAUCAAUUUAUUUAUUGCCUUUUUUAAAAGUUGCAUUAAAAAAUUUGUGAAAUAUAAAUUAUUUAUCUUCAAAAGUAUUUAAUAUCUACAAAUAAAAAUUCAUCAAUCAGUAAAUUAAGUUGAAAUAUUUCAAUGAUAUUUUUACGAAUAUUAAAAAAUAAAAACAGUGGACCGAAAUAAUAAAAUAUCUAUAUGUACAAAAUAAGAUAUGUUUGAAUGAAAUUUUUUUAAAAUUUCAAUUGAUAUUAUUAAAUAAGAUUUCGUAAAUAUCUAGAAAUACAUAUAUAUUUUUUUCGUCGUAGUAAAUUUAUUUGUAAUUUAAAAUUGAAAACAAAAAUAUAUAUAUUUUAACUGCUUGGCUUUAUGGUCAAUUGUAUUUUAAAUUAUAAAAAAACAAAUUUUAAUAUUUUUUCUAUUAUUCAAAAUAAAAAUAAAUAAAAUUCCAUCAUUUUUUUUUUUUUUAUAAGACUCCAGUAUGUACGAGUAAUUAGUAUUUAUUUUUUCAAUAAUUUUUGAUAAAUAAAUUCUUCAAGCUAUGAUUUAAAUAAAACAAAAAAAAUCAUAUCAUGUUUUGAAAAUAUAAAAAUAUAUAUUUGUGUCUGAUUAUUUGUUUAUUCAAAAAUUAUUAAUAGAAAAUAAAAAUUAAUAUUACUCAAUUGACUUUGUAUUUUUAAAAAAUAAUAAAAAACUAAUUUUUUCGUAAUUAUAUAUUGAUAAUUAAAUUUUCAUACACAAUAUGUGUUUAAUUAGAUUCACAAAAUUUCUAAAAAAGCUAAGAUUAAUGUGAUAUUACUCUAUACUCUUCUAUUUCUAAUAACAAUUAAAUUUAUACAUAUAUAUUUUUGUCUUGUAUAAUGCCAUUUUAAAUAUCAUUUUAAAUUUCUUUACAUUUUUACUUCAACUAUAUAUAUUUAUCAUCAUCUUCUCAUAUCGAAAUUUAUUGUAAUAAAAAAAUUUUGUCAAAACAAAAAUUAACAUAAAAA